GGUUUCCGGCCGGCGGGGUGAGAUGGCGGCGCCCGGAGCUCCGGUCACCGUCACCGUCACCUACAGUAAUGAAAAACAUAGCAUUCAGGUUGCUUCUCAACAAGAAGAUGGUGAACCUACACUACAAGACAUGGCUGUACUUAUUGAACAAGUCACUGGAGUUCCAGUUCCUUUUCAGAAACUGAUAUACAAAGGGAAGUCUCUGAAAGAACUGGAACAACCAUUGUCAGCACUUGGUGUUAAAAACGGUUGCAAAGUCAUGUUGAUUGGGAAAAGGAACAGUCCAGAAGAAGAGGCUGAAUUAAAGAAGUUAAAAGAUUUGGAGAAAUCGGUGGAGCAAGUAGCUAAUAAGUUAGAGGAAGUUAAUAAAGAGUUCACAGGUAUCCAAAAGGGGUUUUUAGCAAAGGAUCUCCAAGCAGAAGCACUAAAACAGCUGGACAAGAGGAUAAAAGGAACUGCAGAGCAGUUCAUGAAAAUCCUGGAGCAAAUUGAUGCCAUGAAUCUGCCAGAGAAUUUCAGUGAUUGCAAACUGAAAAAGAAGGGAUUAGUGAAAAGAGUUCAGGUUUUUCUUGCCCAGUGUGAUACCAUUGAGGGAAAUAUUGGUCAAGAAAUGGACAAGCUACAGUCAAAGAAUUUGGCACUGGCAGAAUGAGGCAUUGCCCUACGUAAUUAGGAAACAUAAUUGCUCUAUGAGCAAGAAGAAAAGUUUGCUCUUUGUUUUGGAGCAUGUAUUCAGCUUUUUUUUUUUUUGGAAGCCCAGUCUGUUAGACUGGUACUAGUCAAUCACUUCUUGCUGGUUGUCUGAUUUGCCGCUUGGUUAGACCUAUUAUGUUGAAAAGAAAAUCCCUCCUGAAGAAUUGCAGAAAUAAUAUUUGUGAUUAAUUAUUGUGUAUCUUAUGGACGAAUGUUUAGUUAACUAAGUCACAAAGUUUUCAGUGAUGGGCAGUUUUGUCUGGUAUGUCUUUGAAUUUAUUUGCAGCUCAAAUCAAAGAAGGUCUAUAAUUGUACAAGUGCCAUAAGUUGCAAUUGUAGGACUUAAGCUUGAAUGAAAAAGGCAAACUGAGACAACAUCUGGGAAAGUCGAACAUUCUAGUAGACAGUUCAGAGCAAUAAAAAAAAUACUCAUUUGUAUCUACUUCAUGUUUGUAUGCAUUUAUAAAUAUAAGAAAGCUUGACUAUAAGGAAGUCGUACCUAUUUUAGCCUUAAAUUGUCACAAUAAAUGGAAUGUACUGUAACAUGUAUGGUACUUAAUUUGGAGUGGUGCUUUAAGUUGUUACUGAGCUCCUUGAUGCAGAUGUUUUUUACUUAGAUUUCUGAUGUAGUGUGGGUUUUAUAUCCUAUUUUUAUUAUUUGUGUUCAGUCUUGAGUUACGACUGGGAAUAAAGUGAGAUUAUUCAUGCUGCUCAUAUACCAAGGGUUCAGUUCAAGUAAGAUGCAACUAAGGAGCUAUUGUGAAAGAUUUUUUUAUACUUUUUUUUCUGAUAUCACUAAAUUAAUGAUGCUAUAUUUAAUGGAAAAAUACAGUGAUUAUUUCUAGUCUGUUAAGUUAUCAUUGAACUUUUGUAACUUGUUAAAAAGUGACACAACUUUAUUUUAGCAAUGCCAUGCAACUGAGAAUUAUGACUGAUUGUUGCAGUCAGAUAUGUGCCAUGCCUGGCCUUCUCUGUUAGGUGAAGAAUAAGCUUUUGCAGGAGAUGCAUCUCAGAAGAUGCAACCAACUUCGCAGCUGUUGGUCAGAGCUGCCUGUAGCUGAUGUACCUAGAAAGAGUGUUGCUUUUUCACUGAUGCUUCUGGUCGGUAAGUCAGUCAUAUGCACAGUGGUUGGUGAAGUAGUGACUGGUAAGGAGCCUGUUUUUUGGGGGAAGGGGGGAAAAACCUCUUUUGUCUAAACUGGGUCAGACUGAGGGUGUUUAGAAGUCGCCCUUAGGUAGCGAGCCUUCAUUCACAUGUGACUGUUUUAAGAUUAGCUGUCCUUUAAAGAAAAAAUAGGAAAUGUGUGUUAAAAAAAAGUUAACUUCUAAUAAGUUAUAAACUUCAAAUAAUACCUGAAGUAGUAUUAUUAAUGUAUUGUCUUUUAUGUUUGUAAUUGGAGGAGCAUUUCUUCAGUGGAAAGGGCCACUGGACAAUUUAAACGAUAGCUCUGCAUUAGAAAGGGUCGCUUUUAUUCCACAAAUGCCUUUUGACCAUACCAAGAUUAGAGUUGUCAUAUUUUUAAUUGUUAACCCACUUCUUCAAGGUUGUAUUUUUUGCACACCUAAUGCUCAUCUCAGCAUCUGUGGAGGGUUUUAAGGUCUAAACUCCUAGGAAGCUUUUCUGUCAUAAGUUCGGAAAUGGUAUGUUUGGUAGGAUUUGGGUAUUUUUUCCUAGGCUGACAGUCUGGUCAUGCUGCAUUUCCCCAGCUCUGUAAGGUUAGGAGGAAGAGUUGAUUGUAGCCAUUAUUGUGAAGCCUUACAUGGCUUGGUGCUGCUUGUGGACCAGAUUCAUGUGACUCUUAAGCCACCAGCAAUACUGUUGAUUAAUUCAGGGGAUGCAAAAUUACCUGUUUUCCUGUGAUCGAAAGGAUCCUCACCCCCUCAAAUAUAAGUCUAGUGCAUUGGACUCUCAUGGGUGCAUAUGUAAUGAGCCAAGUAUCUUCCUGUGCCCGUGAAGAGAACCGGGAUUUGUGGUCAUGGCUAGAACUGCAUACAUAUCUGCUGCUCCAAAGUAUUCUCUUUUUGGUGAGAACACAAGGCUGUAGGCAGAUACAGUCUUGUAUCUUUCCAUAAGAGGAAAAGGCUGUUCACUUAAGCCACUUCCCAGUACUCCUUCCUAGAGACUUGCUCUUUGAGAUGUUCUUGUGUGAGUCCACCCUAAGCCUUUUUCAAAGCCAAGUGGAUUAACUUUAAGAUGUUCCAUAGCAGAUAUUUUGAUAAUCUGGCGCUUGGAGGCAAAGAGCAUAAUGACUGACAUAUCUACCACUAGCACAUCUGGAUUCAGCAAAAGGUGGGUUUCCUGAGCGGAAGUUACCUUACAAUGGUAGCUCCUGAUACCAGUGCUUGGUUUCUAGAACAGAAGUAUAUGUGUAUGAAUACAAAUUUUUGCAGUAUACAUUUUUUUGCUUCCAAGUAUAAAAACGAGUUGACUUGUUUUGAAAAAGGGAUUGUUGUAUUUAGUUACGUAAGAUCUUCCAGAGUGGAUUGACUUUUAUACCUAGUUUUGAAAGAAGAGUCCUAACAGUUUUUUCAUAAUAGCCUUAAACUUCAGUAAAAGCAAACCUGUGCUUUAGAAAAGUGCAGCAGACUACAGUUGUGUAAGGAAUGAGAGAUUUUAAAUAUUCUUCAGAAUUUUUAAAGGCAAUCAAGCUAAAGCUAUAUUCUGACUGAUUCUGUAGGCCAGGUGUACUUUGAUACCUGUUUUGCUAUUGAAUCAAUUUCCCUCCCCAACUGGUCUUCCCUGAUCACAUCAAAAGAGAAGUUUCUCCCUUUUCCUGUAGUUACACUUGCCCAUUGUCCUCCUCCAGUUGCUGCACCGCUCUGGUUGUGUUUACACACCUUGGAUUUGCCAUCUGGGCAAAAUGUCUUACUGUAAAGUUUAUCUUUUGUGAGAAUGGAAAUGGAAUCACAAACUUGCCUGCCCCCUCAUUCUGACCCGGCUGUCUGUAAGCUGUUGUGGGAGAUGAACCAAGCCCAAUGUUCAGGGAGCAGUGGGGUCUGGAGACGUGGGGUGCCUUGCUCUCUGGAAACAAUGUGAAAUACGCUGCUUGUAGUGGUGUCCCCUGUGAGCGAGUUCUCAUGAAGGAAACGUCACUGUAAACCUGGAGGAAUGCAUUCUUGGCUUUUAACAGGCAUUCAUGAUUUGGAGUACUUAACGCCGUGCAGCUUGGGGCUAGAUUGCUUUUAGUUAUUUUAUUGUACUGUCAUCAAUGAAAACGUGAAAAAUAAAAUACGAGAAGCUC